GAGACGCGCCCCUAAAGGGCCAACCCGGGGGUCGCGGGUCCUUGUUCCAGGGCUGCGUCUUCUUGUCCACUCUCUCGAACGGCCAUGAUUUCCCAGUUUUUCAUUCUGUCCUCCAAGGGGGACCCGCUCAUUUACAAAGACUUCCGCGGGGACAGUGGCGGCCGGGAUGUGGCUGAGCUAUUCUACCGGAAGCUGACGGACCUGCCGGGAGACGAGUCCCCGGUUGUCAUGCAGCACCACGAUGGCCGUCAUUUCAUUCACAUCAGACACAGCGGCCUCUACUUGGUGGCCACGACUUCCGAAAACGUUUCUCCCUUCAGCCUCCUGGAGCUGCUGUCCCGGAUAGCCACUCUCCUGGGCGACUACUGUGGCUCCCUCGGGGAGGCCACCAUCUCCCGCAACGUGGCUCUUGUCUACGAGCUCCUGGAGGAGGUGUUGGACUAUGGCUAUGUGCAGACCACGUCCACCGAGAUGCUCAGGAACUUCAUUCAGACAGAGGCCGUGGUCAGCAAGCCCUUCAGUCUCUUCGACCUCAGCAGCGUCGGUUUGUUUGGAGCAGAGACACAACAGAGCAAAGUGGCCCCCAGCAGUGCCGCCAGCCGCCCUGUGUUGUCCAGCCGCUCUGACCAGAGCCAGAAGAAUGAAGUUUUCCUGGACGUGGUAGAGAGGCUGUCUGUGCUGAUAGCAUCGAACGGCUCCCUGUUGAAGGUGGAAGUGCAGGGGGAGAUCCGCCUCAAGAGCUUCCUUCCCAGCGGAUCUGAGAUGCGUAUCGGCCUGACAGAAGAGUUUUGCGUGGGGAAGUCCGAACUGAGAGGUUACGGGCCGGGGAUCCACGUGGAUGAAGUCUCAUUUCACAGCUCAGUGCAGCUGGACGAGUUUGAGUCUCACCGAAUCCUUCGCUUGCAGCCACCCCAGGGCGAGCUGACAGUGAUGCGGUACCAACUCUCAGAUGACCUCCCCUCCCCACUCCCCUUCCGGCUCUUUCCGUCUGUGCAGUGGGACCGAGGCUCUGGCCGGCUCCAGGUUUACCUGAAGUUGCGAUGUGACCUGCCCCCAAAGAGUCAAGCUCUCAACGUGAGGCUGCACCUCCCCCUGCCGCGAGGGGUGGUCAGCCUGUCUCAGGAGCUGAGCAGCCCGGAGCAGAAGGCCGAGCUGGGAGAGGGAGCCCUGCACUGGGACCUGCCUCGAGUACAAGGAGGCUCUCAACUGUCAGGCCUCUUCCAGAUGGAUGUUCCUGGCCCCCCGGGGCCCCCUGGGCCUGCGCCUUCCACGACAGCACCUCCCCUGGGGCUGGGUCCCGCAAGCCUCUCAUUCGAGCUCCCCCGGCAUACAUGUUCAGGCCUCCAGGUCCGCUUCCUCAGGCUGUCGGGCAGGCCGUGUGGCAGCAGCAACCCCCAUAGGUGGGUGCGACACCUGAGCCACAGCAGUGCCUACGUCAUUCGGAUCUGAGGCUGGCUCUUGGAGCAAGCACUGCAGCACCUGGCACCGGAACGGGC